GGACACUAGCGCCAGCUGAGAAAUCUCAUCUGAUAGCACAAGCGGUGCUACUAUUUUGAACAGUGCAAUUCGUAGGUCAGCAUACAAGUCCUUGCUUAGGUUAAACAGACACGAUAGUCUGCAAACUCGAAAGUGUAGCGCGUUAUCAUAACAGAUCUUUCUGUCCGAUCGACGCACGCGCUCAAAAUCUGGUAUAUGGUUCCUGUUGAGAUACAUUGCACGCAUUAAGGACGCCGGGGAUGCUGCUUGGGGACGCUGCGCCUCAGCGCAUCGAUGUGGCCAUCAUUGGCGGAGGGCCCGCCGGCUUGUCAACAGCCCUGGCGCUGACGCGAGUGCUAUCUCCAAAUGUGUCCAUGACGGUGUUUGAAGGUCGCUGCCCCGGCGAGGCGGGCUCGGGUAUCGACCUGUCAGAGAACGGACUGCUUGCGCUGCAGGCUAUCAGCCCCCGCCUGCUGCAACGCUUCUACGAGACAGGCGACUUCCAGAACAGCUGGUCCCACUACGACGGCGCCUCCGGGCAGCUGGUGCAGGCCCUGGGGCUGCCGCAGACCGGCGCCCAGCGCAGGGCUGCGGGGCUGCUGCCGCCGCUCAAGAUGAGGUGGUGGGCCAUCACGCGCCUGCUGGAGCAGGAGUUGCCGCCGGCAGGUGUUGUUGCCCUGCACUACGGCUGCAGGCUCCUGGACUGCGCCGAGCUGGCGGAGGAGGAGGGGGCUGCUGACGCCGGCGGCUCAGGCGUGCCGCCAGAGGCCGCGGAUGAGGGGGCGAGCGGCUGUGUUGGUGCAGCCAUAGCGGGCGGCGGCGGCGGUGGGUCCUCAGGUGGCGAAGCUUCUGCAAGCGAGCGCUACCGCUACCGGCUCACCUUUGAAAUCCGCAGCAGCAGCCCCCAAGCUGGCGAUGGCGGCAGUAGCAGUGGCAGUGGCAGUGGCAACACCGGCGGGGGCAGUAGCACACGCUUGACGGUGCUUGCCAAAUGGCUUAUUGGGGCAGACGGCGGUUUCAGCCGAGUGCGCCGUUUGGUGGGCGACGGCCGCGCCCCUGUCUUCACGGGCUACUUCAGCUGGUGGGGCCGCGUGUCGGGUGCAGAGCUGGCGGCGGCGGCGGCCGCAGCUGGCGGCGCGGCGGAUGUCGACUCACUCUGGCCUGCGCCGCUGCGCGGCCCGCCCCGGAGCCCUAUGGUUCGCAACGCGGUCUACCUGCCUGCUGCCGACCGCAUCAGCACGACAAAGGCGGUGGUGGCGCUGCUGGUGCGGAUGAGGUCACCGUCGCAGCUGGGACAGGGGCAGGGGCAGGAGGUCACCGCCGCAGGGGCCGCCGCAGGGGCCGUAGCAGGGGCCGUAGCAGGGGCCGCAGCAGCGAGCGCAGGAGGUGGUGGUGCUGAGGCUGGCUGCUCCUCUUUAAGAGACGAUGGAGGUGAAGAUGAGGUGGUGGCCUGGUACCUGGAGGCGCAGACGGCGCACUUGGAGGCGGCGGGACUGGAUGCGUCGCCGGAGGGCCCCCACGUACGCCACACGGCCCCGGACGGAGGCCAUGCGGUCGCACUGGCGCGCUGCCUCGCUGUGUCCACCCACCUGCCCCCCGACGUCCGCGCCGCGCUGGCCGCCACGCCGCCUGCGCGGGUGCUGGAGCGGGCGCUGCACAUGCACCCGCCGGAGCAGCUAGAACUGUCGAGCUGGACCAACGGGUGCGGGAUGGUGCUGGUGGGGGAUGCGGUGCACAGCGCCGGGCGACCCGACGGCCAGGGCGGCAGCCUGGCGUUCGAGGACGCCGCGGAGCUGGCGGCGGCGGUGCGGCGGCACGGGCUGGGCCAGCAGGCGUUCGACAGCUUCGCCGCGUCCAGGCUGCCCCGCGUCAAGGGCAUUCGAGGCGACAACGCGCCGCCGUUUGCCGUACGCCGGGCCCUGAUGGACGCGACGGCCUUCGAGCCGCUGUGGGGCCCCGCCGACCUGCCGCGGCCAGAGGAGCUGCUGGGUGAGGAGCUGGGGCGAAUGCGGGUGUGCGCGGGUGGGGAAGAGGUGCCGCAUAGGGAGGCAGGGCAGGAGGUGGCGGAGCGGCAGGGCGGCUGUGGCGGGCAGCAGCAGCAUGCUGAGGCUGGCGUGGUGACGGUGGUGGCGCGUGUCGGGAUGGAGCCGGGGUUGGAGGCAGCUGCUAAGCUGGAUCCAGAGGCGGUGCGGGCGUGGUCGCGGCGGUGCUGCUGGGAGGUGGCGGAGCGCCGUACCGCCGGCCACAUCCUGCAGGCUGCGGUGAUCGGGCCGGUUGGCAAGCAGGGCUAGCUAGGUAUGAAACGGCUGCAAGCAGUGACUUCUGAACAGUAAGCACAUGUACGGCGGUGUGUACACGGCAAAUGUUCUUGGCUUUGCACGGUCGUGGUGGAGACAUUCGGAAGCUGGGCAAACCGCACACCCGAGCCCUUCGCUACCUUUUUGAGGGCGCUCUGACCAAUUCCGAGAUGUCUACCAGCUUUGAAGUUUGCAAACGAUUUGCACGGAGCUUUAAGACUUUUCCUCUCGACU